CGCGGGUGGGGGGCCCGGAGACGGGAGACGUCGCCCCCCCUAGAGACAGAGCGCAAGGCACUGCCCACUCACCAGCCAUGGCUUGCCUGCCGCUGGUGUUGCUUCUGAUGGCAGGGACCCUGAUGUCCUGGGCUGCCUCCUGCCCCUUCCACUGUGUGUGCCAGAACCUCUCUGAGUCACUGAGCACCCUGUGUGCCAACAAGGGCCUGCUCUUCAUCCCAGACAACAUUGACCGGCGCACAGUGGAGCUGCGCCUGGCCGACAACUACAUCCGCGUGCUGGAGCCCCAGGACUUCCUCAACAUGAGCGGCCUGGUGGACUUGACCCUGUCCCGCAACACCAUCGACAGCAUCCGUCCCUUCGCCUUUGGCGACCUGGAGAGCCUGCGUUCCCUGCACCUGGACAGCAACCGGCUGAUGGAGAUCGGCGAGGAGGCCCUGCGUGGGAUGCUCAACCUGCAGCACCUCAUCCUCAACAACAACCAGCUGGUGAGCAUCUCGGCUGCCGCCUUUGAUGACUUCCUGCUAACGCUGGAGGACCUGGACCUGUCCUACAACAACCUGCGUCAUGUCCCCUGGGAGGGCAUCCGAGGCAUGCUCUACCUGCACACCCUCAACCUGGACCACAACCUCAUCGACUCCAUCAUGGAAGGCACGUUCUCCGAGCUCUACAAGCUGUCCCGCUUGGACAUGACCUCCAACCGGUUGUACACCCUGCCCCCGGACCCGCUCUUCGCCCGCUCCCAGAUGGGCGUCAUCAGUCCCACCCCCUACACUGCCACCAUCGUGCUGAGCUUUGGGGGCAACCCCCUACAUUGCAACUGUGAGCUGCUGUGGCUGCGGCGGCUGGCCCGGGAGGACGACAUGGAGACGUGUGCCUCGCCGCCCCAUGUGGCCGGCCGCUACUUCUGGUCGGUGCCUGAGGAGGAGUUCACCUGCGAGCCGCCCCUCAUCACCCGCCACACGCACAAGCUAUGGGUGCUGGAGGGCCAGCGGGCCACCCUGAAGUGCCGCGCCAUCGGGGACCCCGAGCCAGUGAUCCACUGGGUGUCACCGGAUGACAAGAUCAUCUCCAAUUCCUCCCGGACCAUUUCCUUCCGCAAUGGCACCUUAGAUGUGCUGGUAACCACAGUCCGGGACGACGGCUCCUACACCUGCAUCGCCAUCAAUGCAGCGGGUGAGUCCACAGCCCUGGUGGACCUCAAGAUUAUCCCUUUGCCCCAUCGGGGCAACGGGAGCAGCGGCCCGGUGCCACGCCACGACCCGGGCUCCUCUGACAUUGCCACCAAGACAGCGGCCAACACCACCGACUUGGGGGUGGACGAGAGGAGCGUGGAGGUAUCCGAUGUGACAGCUGACUCAGCCUUGGUGCGCUGGGCUGUAGACAAGUCGGCCCACACUGCCUGGAUGUACCAGAUCCAGUACAACUGCACCGUGGAUGACACCCUGAUCUACAGGAUCAUCCCGGCCAGCAGCCACCACUUCGUGCUGAAGCACCUGGUCCCAGGCGUGGACUACAAUCUGUGCGUCCUGGCCAUCUUCGAUGACACAGCCACCUCUCUGGCUGCCACGCGCCUGCUGGGCUGUGCCCAGUUCUCCACGCAGGAGGCGUACCCAGACUGCCACUCGCUCCACGCCCACUUCCUGGGGGGCACUCUGACGGUCAUUGUGGGGGGCAUUAUUGUGGUGACCCUGCUGGUUUUCACGGUGGUCAUGAUGGUGAAGUAUAAGAUCUGUGGCAGCGCCCACUCUGGCAUGCCCAAAGUCUCCAACAUGUACUCGCAGACCAACGGCGGGCAGCCGGGGGUGCCCAACGGGAUGCUGCCGCAGCGGGGGCGGGGGCCGAAGGCGCAGCGCCGGAGGGCGAGGGGCAAGCCCGCUCGGCAGGAGGCACCACAGCGCAGGACGGCAGAGGGGGUGGUGGCAGGCCAGGGGGACCCGCCGGAGCUGGGGACCUCCAAAGCCAAGCGGAGCUGCUCGUUGGACAUGGGGGAGAUCUCCACCAGCGCCUGCUAUGGUUAUGCCAAGCGGCUGAGCAUCAUGUGGACCAAGCGCAGCCAGUCCGUGCACGGGAUGCUGGCCAGCUGCGCGGCUGAGGGGGAGGGCACGCGGGGCGGGGCUUUCGCCAGCGCGGAGGAGCUGGAGGAGAGCGUGGUAUGACCCAGGCGGGCGGGAGUGCACCGCACUGGAGCAGCGGGCUGAACGCCGGGGAGGGGACAGCUGAGCCGGGCGAGGAGGGCCUCAGAGCUGACACGGUGACACUCCAUUGGAUGUGGUGACAGCUGACUGGACAUGGCAAUGCGCAAACCACCCCGGGAGCCACCUCUCUGAGCCGGCGACACUCCAGCCAACGUGGCAAACCUUGAUCCGACCUGGCGACACUUGAGCCAAUGCGGUGACCCCAAUCUGACGCGGUGACCCCAGGUCUGACACCACCAGGCCAGGGCCAGCACAGCAGCACUCCUUCUGACACUGGAUUUUCCCCAGGGAGAGUGCCCAGUUGGCCAGACACAGAACCCCACAUGGCUGGGGGUGGGUUUGGGUUUUGCCAUCGGACCUGGUUUGACUUGACAUCUGAGGCUGGGAAUGUCUGGAACCCCCCAGCUCUUCCUGCUGGCACCCCCACCUUGAUGCACAUGGUGUGAGACACACAGAUUGGAAAAGGGGGGGAGGAGAUCGGUACUGGAUCAGAGAAGGGGGGCCUGGACAGGCAAUCAGUACCAGGUCAGAGAGGGUGGGCUUGGAUGGGAGACUGGUACUAGAAUGGAGAAGGGAGGGUCCUUUACAGGGAAUGGGCCCCAGAUUCGAGAGGGGGUGCCUGGACAAGGAGUAGGCUCUGGAUUGGAGAGGGGCCCGAAUGGGGGAUGGGCCCUGGAUAGGAGAGGGGCCCGGA